UUAACUCAUACAUACUCGAUCCUCUCCAGUCUUCCUCUCUCUCUCUCUCUCCCUCCCUCCCUCUCCAUGGAAUUCAACCACCACCGCACAAGCACCACCUACGAAGUCCGGCAACCACCCCUACUCAACCACAAGCCCACCGCAUCCCCACCACCCUGCCCUGUCCACAUCCACAUCGACUUCCUCCACCAAAUCACCCACCGCUUCUACAACCGGCCCUACCACGACGACCACGACAACCUCCACCGCCGUCCCCAACUCAUCGCCACCUGCCGCCCCCCACCUACCAAAACCUCAAUCUGCAUCCCCGCCCACGGCUUCAAGUCCUACCCCACGACGUCGCACCAAAUAGUCUCCCGAGUCCUAGCAAAUUUACGCAUCCAACCCUCGUUCCAAGACCGCGUGGCGGACGAGGUUGUCACCAGGGCGCGGAGGUUUAUUGACUCGGUGCCGAACAUGGGUCGGAGGGUGAUACCGGUCCGGGUGGAUGUGAGGACGGUGCAUGUGCACGCGCGCGAUGAAAGAGAGUGGGUGGUGAGGGGGUUGAUGGAGUCGGUGUUGGAGGGAGAGAGGAGGGGGGACGGGGGGAUGGUGGCGGCGAAUGCGGAGGCGGUGAGGGGGUUGAAGAGGAAGAGGGUGGUGGAGGAUAGAGGGGAGAGUUGUAGGGUUUGUUUGGAAGAGUUUGUUAAGGGGGAGAAGGUCACGUGCAUGCCGUGUAGGCACGUGUUUCACGAGGGGUGUAUCAAGACUUGGUUGAGGACUAGCCAUGUUUGCCCUAUUUGUCGAUUCAAGAUGCCGACAGCUGAUUAGGAAUUUUUUGUUUUUCGCUAUCGUUUGAUUAUUUCAUGUCCGGAUCUAGACACGAAUUCGAUGUCUAGAUUCAAAUACGUAAAUGCGUAAUACAGAGA